AUGAGUGCGUUUGGCGCCAAGCGGAAAGCCCGAAAGAUCACCGUGCAGGAUCAAGACGACGAUGACGCCUCCGCGCCCUCGGUCGCUUCGCCCUCGGCAUCCCAAGACUUCGACCAAGGGCCCGCGCUCCAGCCGACCUUCAAAUCGCGGCCCUUCAAGCAGUCCUCACUGCGCAAGACCAUCAACCUGUCCGACGACGGCCCCAAGGACUCGACCGAAGAUGACGAAGACGGCGGUGCGCCACUGGUCGUACGGCCAUCGCUCGGCGGGAGGAGUGCCUCAUCCAAGAUAAAGAAGCGCGCACCCAACUCGAAGCUGUCGUUCGGCGCAAGCACCGAGGCUGCUGGGGGGGAUGACGACGCCAUGAUACUGGGAGGGGAUGACUCCGAUGCUAGGGACACGGCGGGCUCGGAAACCGGGGCUUACAAGAAAAAGGGGAUCACAAGGAACAAUCGCCUGCCCUUACGCUCCAUGGAGACAGAAGAGGACCGGCCGCGCUACAGCAAGGAAUAUCUGUCCGAGUUGCAGAGCGCAACGCCAAACGCGCCGGCGGACAUUGGGUCAUUACAAAUAGCGGAGGAUGACGUGGAGAUGUCUCUCGACCCCUCCGAGCUCGAGGGCGCGACUCUGGUUGAAACGGCGCCAGCAGCCGAGCCCACCGCCAUUCUCACCGAGGCCCAGGUGCGCGAGAAGAAGGAGCGGCGCGCGCGGCUGGCUCAGCAGGCCGGGGCCGAGGACUUCAUCUCGCUGUCGGACGACGACCGCGGCGCCGGCGAGUCGUACAUGUCGGUGCUAUCCAAGCGGCAGCCGCAGGCCCUCUCGCAGAAGAAGGAGAAGCGCCUGGUGGCCGACGACAACCUGGACGAGGACGACUCCUUCUUCGUCGAGGACGGCGGCCUGUCGCUGGGCUCCAAGGCCGAGCGGGCCGCCCGCCGCCAGAAGCGCGCCGACAUGGCCUCCAUGAUCGCCACCGCCGAGGGCGCCGACGACGACGACACGUCGGACGACAGCGAGGCCGAGCGCCGGGCCGCCUACGAGGCCGCGCAGACGCGCGCCGGCAUGGACGGGCUGGCCGACGAGCGCGAGCAGCAGCGCCGCCGGCUCGGGCUCCGCGACGGCGCCGGCCCCAUGCCCACGCCCCCCAAGAUCGCGCCGCUGCCCGACCUGAGCGUGCUGCUCGCCGCCUUCCAGGAGAAGAUGGGCCGGCAGGAGGCCGAGCUGCGCGGGGCGCGGGCCCGCAUCGAGGAGCUCCGGCGCGAGCGCGAGGGCAUCGAGCGCCGCGAGCCCGAGGUCCCGCAGCUGCUCAACGAGGCCGGCGAGAGGUACCGGUCCCUGAUGGGCGGCGACGUGGUGGUGCCGGAGGACGGGGGCGCGAACGGGACCGUGGCGGCCGCCAAAUCGCUGCUGGAUCAGGCCAAGUCGACGGAUACCCCAGGCAGAGGGCUGGAGAGUCUGGGCACGACGCCUCUGCGACAGGUGGACCAGAUGGAGAUGUAA